UAUCUUUGUGUAUUACUUAUGAGACGGUUUGUUAGCCAAAACGUUUGCAUCAAUCGCAGGUGUAAGAGGUUUGUCCAAUCCCUCCAACUCCAAUUCUCUAACGGAAAACACUUUCCCAUCUUCCCCCACCUUAUAUUCUCUUCCAGUGUCUCUUUCUACUAUCCCUUGACUUUAUUGUUAGUUUCUUAUCUCCUCUCUUAUCUCUAUUAUUCCUCUCUCUUAUAGCUCUAAUAUUCUUUACUCAUCAUAGCUUAGGGAAAGGAAGAUAUAUAGUUCAAACACAAGAGGGAGAAAACCAAAAGAGUAGAGGGAAAAAGUAUACCCUAUUCUUGAAUUAGGGUUCUUUUUUCUUCUUUUCGUUCUUUGUGUUUUAGCUUAUAGAUAGGGAGAGAUAAUAUGUGCAGUAGAGGCCAUUGGAGGCCAGCUGAGGAUGAGAAACUUCGAGAAUUGGUGGAACACUAUGGACCUCAUAAUUGGAACGCCAUAGCCGAGAAGCUCCGAGGAAGAUCAGGGAAAAGCUGUAGGUUGAGAUGGUUCAAUCAAUUGGACCCAAGAAUAAACAGAAAUCCUUUCACAGAGGAAGAAGAAGAGCGUCUUCUAGCUUCACACCGGAUUCAUGGUAAUAGAUGGGCUGUAAUUGCAAGACACUUCCCAGGUCGAACUGAUAACGCAGUAAAGAAUCAUUGGCAUGUGAUGAUGGCAAGGAUUCGGAGAGAAAGGUCUAAAAUUAAUAAUCCAAAACUGCAGCCACUUUUUGCUCCAAACUUGAAGGAUGACCUUGAGGCCAUCCCUUCUUUUGUUGAGAAGUAUUAUGAAAAGUACAGCCACCCUUGUGUCACACUCACACAUAGCUCUUUUCAAUUUCCCGGCAAGAAGUUUUACUUUCAAGAUCCAAGUUCUGCUGGUUCCACUGUGCCUCCAGGCAAGAGUCAAUCAGUAGAGUUCUACGAUUUUCUUCAAGUAAAUACCGAUUCCAAUGAAAGUGAAGUGACAGACAAUGCAAGAAGAGACGACGAGGAAGUAAGUCAAGAUGCUGUGGGACAGAAGAAUAAGGACAAUGGUGUUCCAUUCAUUGAUUUUUUGUCUACUGGAGGCUGCUAACAUAUAUAUAAUUGCUAUAGUACAACCUCAAUUACUUCCAAUAUUGAUCAAUUGAUCGAGUCUGACUAGAGCACAAAAUCUCGACCUACGUACUAGAUCCAUUCAUGUAACUACCUAGCUACUGCAUUCACAAAACAGUAACGUAUUUAAGGACAUAUACAUGUACAUUUAUAACAUGUAAAAACACUGCUUCUAAGAAGCUCCAUGCAUCAAAAAUCAAAACGUGCAUUGCAUCUUGUAAACUGAAGAAAAUUAGAAAUAUGUUAUAGAUGUUUGGAUCUUUCAAGAUUCUA